AUGAGUGUCGUUCAAAGGCUUAAGCGGGAUCGCUUUCGCUCGCAGGCCUAUGCGAAAGCAGCUCAAGCCUUGCGAGCACUUGCGGAGCCGAUCGACAGUGGGGCCCAAGCAAAGGCCAUUAAAGGGAUUGGUGCUGGCAUGGCCAAUCGGAUCGAUGUGAUCUUGAAAACGGGCGAGUUGAAAGAGCUGGAGGAGUUGAAGUUGGACAGCGAUGUAGUGGCCCUGCGAGAGCUCCGAUCCGUGCACGGCAUUGGUGCUGUCAGUGCUGCCAAGCUGGUGGAGCGAGGCAUAAGAUCGCUGGCGCAACUCAGAGACGCCGUGGAGAAGAACCAAGUCCACCUGGACUCAGCGCAGGCCUUGGGGCUUCGCCAUUGCGAAGAGUUCAGCAAGCGGAUACCCCAGGCUGAGAUGAAAGAGCACCACAAGUUAUUGGAGCAAUGCUGCUUGAAAGGGCACCCGGACCUGCUCCUGACAGUUUGUGGUUCCUAUCGCCGUGGGCGCCCAGACUGUGGUGAUAUCGAUGUGCUCAUCAGCCACCCCGACUACACCACAGCCAAGAAAGAAGCAAACGCUGGUGGAAAGCUCCUUCAUGGGUUCGUCAGCACGUUGAAGAAGGCUGGCUAUGUGACAGGAGACCUUGCCUUCGGGCAGACAAAGUUUAUGGGAGUUUGCAGGCUCUCACGUGGUCAUUUGCACCGACGACUUGAUAUCCGCUGCAUGCCGGAGGACCAGUAUCACUUUGGCAGCUCAGUGGGCACAGAGGACACUGCCAGAGACAACGAGACUUUGAGGCCUGCUAUUAUUACACGGUUGGAAGAACUUCCAGAGGAGACUGCUCAGGAGGUUGGCUGGUAUCUUCAGGAUGCUUGGGUGCAGUUGGCCUCACCAAGCCUGAAACUCACCCAGACUCGGGAACGACAUGGUUUAGAGUCUGAGGAAGGAAUGGGCAAGAGAUUCAUUUGGCAUGGGCUUGCCAGAUGGCAAGCUUAUGCAGCCAAGAAGUGGUUGAAGCAAUCAGUGCACGUGGAGGAUCCUCGUGCAAGUCCUGAACCUGUACCAACGUUUCCUCCUUUCCUUCAGGGAGCUCGAAAGAGGUGCUGCCAUUUUGGCAAGACAUUCAGACUUGUUCAGCAUUGA